AUGUCGUCCUCAAUCUCACAGUUCUACAUCUUAUCAACACGAGGUGAUACCAUCAUCUUUUCAGAUUUUCGGGGGGAUGUUGAGAGUAAUUCAGCCGAAAUUUUCUUUCGUAAGGUGAAAUUCUGGGAAAAAGGUGACGCACCGCCAACGUUUCAUGUGGAUGGUGUGAAUUACUUGUUUGUAAAGAAGAAUGGACUCUAUUUCGUAGCAACAACACGAUAUAAUGUGAGUCCGAGUUAUAUUUUAGAGCUCUUGACACGUCUUUGUCGUGUGUUUAAAGAUUAUUGUGGCGUACUGAGCGAAGAGACACUACGCAAGAAUUUUAUUCUCUGCUAUGAGCUGUUAGAUGAGACAUUGGACUAUGGUUUUGCCCAAGAUACGAGCACAGAAGGACUUAAAGUACAUGUACACAAUGAAGCUAUUCUUGUGGGUGAUGCUGCAUUGUCAAAGCCUAAGGCUAGCUCUAAGUUUAUGAACCGGAGCUCCAAUAUUAAGGCGGCCAGUGCAGUUAAGAAACCGGUUGCGACGGCCGGUCAAAGCUCAAAGAAACAGGAUGAAAACGAGCUGUUUUGUGACAUUUUGGAGCGACUUAACGUUGUCUUUUCCUCGGGAGGACAGAUGCUUAAUGCUUCCAUUGAAGGACGCAUCCAGCUGAAGAGCUAUUUGUCGGGUAACCCGGAGCUUCGACUGGCGCUAAAUGAGGAUAUGGUCAUUGGAAACACGGGAGCUAGACAAUACGGACAGGUGGUGCUGGACGACUGCAAUUUCCACGACUGCGUGCAACUGGACGAGUUUGAGCGCGAUCGCGUGCUGAUUUUCCAGCCACCAGACGGCGAAUUCACCGUCAUUAACUAUCGCAUCACUGGCGAUUUCCGGGCACCGUUCCGUAUUUUUCCCUUUGUGGAAGAACUGUCACCGAUUAAGGUUGAAAUGAUGCUCAAGAUCCGAGCCGAUAUGCCCGAGAACAACUACGGUGCGAAUGUGAUUAUCCGGUUUCCAGUGCCACAGUCGACGGUGGCAGUGUCGUGUGAUAUUGGCAAGAGCGCCGGACAGCUGGCAGAGUACCGCGAGAACGAGAACCAGGUCCGUUGGGCCAUCAAGCGCUUCACCGGCGGCACAGAACUUACAUUGCGCGCCAAGAUCACGCUGGGCCAGCCAAGCCCGCACGUGCGGCGUGAGAUCGGCCCCGUCAGCAUGAAUUUUGAGAUCCCUAUGUACAAUACCUCGAGUCUGCAAGUGCGCUACCUGCGCAUUCCAGAGCACGCACGCCACCCAAACUACACGUACAAGCGAUGGGUGCGCUAUGUGACGCAAUCCAGUUCUUAUGUGUGCAGGAUCUAG